AUGAUUCAAAUUGGUUUACGGGUUCAAGGUAGAGCUCUGUGUCUGGGAAACAAAUCGAAAUGGUUUCAAUUGUUUCCCUCUGUAACUUCAACUUCUUCGUUGUAUAGGUAUUCAUCUUCAGCGUCGUCUACUCCUGCUAGAUCUGGCGAGCCUUCGUCAACAGGUACCAAACGUAAACCAGUCACGGUAAAUGUCGAGCUGCCUGACGUUCUUAAGGACAAAAAUUUUGGUAGAAAUUCUUUCGUUCUUUUUUGUCUUCUAAUGGGCGUCUCAUUUUACGGCAUUGUCAAAUACGAAGCUGCCAGUGCUCCAGUUGUAUCUUCGACACUGUACACGCUACGAAGAAGUGAGAAAGGAAGAGCAAUUCUUGGAAAUAAUAUUAGUUUUGGCAGCUUAAUGCCUUGGAUUUCUGGCACGGUGGCUGCUGCUUCCGGCAUUGUAGACUUCUCCUACUCUGUUAAGGGUGACAACGGGUUUGCUACUGCACAUUUCAAUUCUCGUCGAGACCCUGUUACUAAACGAUUUGUUGUAUUGGACUGGUCGCUGACAACUCCUGAUGGAACUGUUGUCUCAUUGAUGGAUGAAGAUUUUCAUCCAUUUGUACCUGGGCCAAAAGAAGAACCCACACGCCGUAUUGCCGGAAUCUGA